UCAAAUUCUCAGGCUCCCAAUGAUUCCGGUAAGCAUAAGGGAGCUCAUUCCAUAACUUCAUCCGCCAGUGUGUCUUUUGCUUCUGGGCCUGGACCAGCUGCCUUUGCCCGCGAACAACUCGCCUUGAAUGGCAGUCCCUCAGCAGGACGGCGGUCACCGCAGGUCGGCGCACUAUCAAUGCUGGCCAAUGACGAGUCCAAUGGUCUGUCGGUUACUUGCCUAAAUCAACGAUGUAACGAGUUCACCUUUUCUCCAAAUGCCACUGUUGGUGGUGCACUUGCUCGGAAGGCGGCCGCUCUAGCAGUCUCGGGGGAGGUUGGUUGGGAAAAGUUAGUGAAGUCUUUAGCUUUUGUAUUCAAUCUUGAUUAUGCAAUACAAAUCGACACGUAA